AUGCCGCGCGCGCCCCGGUGCCGAGCCGUGCGCGCGCUCCUGCGCAGUCGCUACCGCGAGGUGCUGCCGCUGUCCACGUUCGUGCGGCGCCUGGGUCCCGAGGGCCGACGGCUCGUGCGGCGCCGGGACCCGGCGGCCUUCCGCGCCCUGGUGGCCCAGUGCCUGGUGUGCGUGCCCUGGGACGCGCAGCCGCCCCCCGCCGCCCUCUCCUUCCGCCAGGUGUCCUCGCUGAAGGAGCUGGUGGCCAGGGUCGUGCAGAGGCUCUGCGAGCGCGGCGCGAGGAACGUGCUGGCCUUCGGCUUCGCGCUGCUGGACGGCGCCCGCGGCGGCCCGCCCUGGGCCUUCACCACCUGCGUGCGCAGCUACCUGCCCAACACGGUGACCGAGACGCUGCGCGGCAGCGGCGCGUGGGGGCUGCUGCUGCGCCGCGUGGGCGACGACGUGCUCCUGCACCUGCUGGUGCGCUGCGCGCUCUACCUGCUGGUGGCCCCGAGCUGCGCCUACCAGGUGUGCGGGCCGCCGCUGUACGAGCUCGGCGCCGUCGCCGAGGCCCGGCCCCCAGCACCGCGCGCGCGUGGGGCCCAGACGGGCCCCGCGGCCACGCGAUGGGUUCGGAACAGUAGCGGUGGCGAGGCCGGGGCGCCCCUGGGCUCGCCCGCCUGCGCUUCGGGGCGCGGGCCUGCCGCGGCCUGCGCGGUGACACCUGCCAAGUGUUCGGAGACCACGCGCUCCAGGGCCUCCGCGGGAGUGGACCGCAAGCGGGAGCCCGGCCGCUCCGCCGCCCGGCGGUCACCGCGUCCGCAGGCCCAGGUGUACGUGGAGACCAAGCGCUUCCUCUACUGCGCGGGCGACGGCGAGCGGCUGAGCGCGGCCUUCCCACUCAGCUCCCUGCGGCCCAGCCUGGCGGGCGCGCGGAGGCUGCUGGAGGCCAUCUUCCUGGGCUGGACGCCGAGGCCCGGGAGGAGCCGCAGGCCGCGCCGGCUGCCCCCACGCUACUGGGGGAUGCGGCCCCUGUUCCGGAAGCUGCUGGCGAACCACGCGCGGUGCCCCUACGGCGCGCUCCUCCGGACGCACUGCCCGCUGCGGGGGCCGGCCUCGCAGGUGCGCUCCGCGCAGCCGGCCGCCGACCCCCGGGAGGACGCGGGCUCCCGGCGCCUGGUGCGGCUCCUGCGGCAGCACAGCAGCCCCUGGCAGGUGCACGCGUUCCUGCGGGCCUGCCUGCGCCGCCUGGUGCCCCCCGGCCUCUGGGGCUCCAGGCACAACGAGCGCCGCUUCCAGAGCAACACCAAGAAGUUCAUCUCGCUGGGGAAGCACGCCAAGCUCUCGCUGCGGGAGCUGACCUGGAAGGUGAGGGUGCGGGACUGCACCUGGCUGAGCGCGAGCCCAGGGCGUGGCCACGUCCCGGCCGCAGAGCACCGACUCAGGGAGGGGAUCCUGGCCAGGUUCCUGUUCUGGCUGCUGGACGCCUGCGUGGUGGGGCUGCUCAGGUCCUUCUUCUACGUCACGGAGACCACGUUCCAGAAGAACCGGCUCCUCUUCUACCGCAAGAGCGUCUGGAGCAGGCUGCAAAGCGUGGGCAUCAGGCAGCACCUGGAGCGGGUGCAGCUGCGGGAGCUGUCGGGCGCGGAGGCCCAGCAGCGGGCCAGGUCGGCCCUGCCCACGGCCAGGCUGCGCUUCAUCCCCAAGCCCAGCGGGCUGCGGCCCAUCGUGAACGCGGACUCCGUGGUGGCAGCCAGAGCGUUCCGCAGGGAGAAGGCCCAUCCCUGGACCUCGCGCGUCAGGACGCUGUUCAGCGUGCUCAACUACGAGCGGGAGCAGCGGCCCGGCCUGCUGGGCGCCUCCGUGCUGGGCCUGGGCGACGUCCACCGGGCCUGGCGGGCCUUUGUGCUACGCAUGCGGGCUGGGGCCCCCGCGCCCAGGCUGUACUUCGUCAAGGUGGACGUGACGGGGGCCUUCGACGCCAUACCCCAGGACAGGCUGGUGGCGGUGAUCGGGGGCAUCAUCGGGCACCCGGAGAGGACCUACUGCGUGCGCCGUUUCGCUGUGGUGCGCCGAGCUGCGCGUGGGCACGUGCACAAGUCCUUCAAGACGCACGUGUCCACCCUGGAGGACCUCCAGCCGUACAUGGGACAGUUUGUGGCGCACCUGCAGGAGACGAGAGCCCUGAGGGACGCUGUCAUCAUUGAGCAGAGCUCCUCUCUGAACGAGACCAGCAGUGACCUCUUCGACUUCUUCCUGCGCUUCAUGCACCACAGUGUCAUUCGCGUCGGGGGCAGGUCCUACGUGCAGUGCCGGGGCAUCCCGCAGGGCUCCAUGCUGUCCACGCUGCUCUGCAGCCUGUGCUACGGAGACAUGGAGAACAGGCUGUUCCCCGGCGUCCAGCAGGACGGGGUGCUCCUGCGCCUGGUCGACGACUUCCUGCUGGUUACGCCGCACCUGGCCCGGGCGAGAGCCUUCCUCAGGGCCCUGGUUAGAGGCGUCCCCGAGUACGGCUGCCGCAUCAACCUGGAGAAGACGGUCGUGAACUUCCCCGUGGGGGACGUGGCCCUGGGCGGCCCAGCCCCGCUCCAGCUGCCCGCCCACUGCCUGUUCCCCUGGUGCGGGCUGCUGUUCGACACGCGCACCCUGGAGGUCUCCUGUGACUACUCCAGCUUCGCAGGGACGUCCGUCAGGGCCAGCCUCACCUUCAACCCUGGGGUCCAGGCCGGGAGGGGCCUGCGUCGCAAGCUCUUGGCGGUCCUGCGGCUGAAGUGUCACGGGCUGUUUCUGGACCUGCAGGUGAACAGCCUCCAUACGGUCUACGUGAACCUGUACAAGAUCCUCCUGCUGCAGGCCUACAGGUUCCACGCGUGUGUGCUGCGGCUUCCGUCUAACCAGCAUGUUCGUAGGAACCCCUCCUUCUUCCUGCGGGUCAUCUCCGACACCGCGUCCUGCUGCUACUCCAUGCUGAGAGCCAAGAACCCAGGGAUGUCGCUGGGGGCCAAGGGCGCCUCGGGCCCGUUCCCUGCGGAAGCCGCGCGGUGGCUCUGCUAUUGCGCGUUCACACGCCGGCUGGGCCAGUACCGAGCCAGCUACAAGUGCCUGCUGCGGGCGCUCAGGACAGCCCAGGCGCAGCUGCAUGGGAAGCUGCCCGAGGCCACGAUGGCUGCCCUGGAGGCCGCGGCUGACCCGGCCCUGACCGCAGACUUCAAGACCAUCCUGGACUGA